GUAGCUGGACUUUGUUGCUGUUUUUAAUGGGUCUUCUGUCAAGCUCAGACAUUCCUGAGUCAGUUCUCGUGGACAGGUCCGGUCCGGGUCCGGUCUGGGUCCGGUCUGAUCCCGUGUGGCCACACCUCCCCUCCCCCUCCCGUCGGCGGCCACAUUCCCCGUUACCUUUCACCCCCGAGAAGCCCCGCUCAGUCGGCGAAGCAACGUAGAAAAACUCCGUAACAACAUGGCAUCAGGUGUGACCGUGAACGAUGAGGUCAUCAAGGUGUUUAACGACAUGAAGGUGAGGAAGUCAUCGACCCAGGACGAAGCUAAAAAGAGGAAGAAGGGGGUUCUGUUCUGUCUGAGCGACGACAGGAAGAAGAUCAUCGUAGAGGAGGGGAAACAGAUCCUGGUGGGCGACAUCGGAGAGACGGUGGACGACCCCUACGCCGCCUUCGUCAAGCUGCUGCCACUAAACGACUGCAGAUACGGCCUGUACGAUGCCACCUAUGAGACCAAGGAGUCCAAGAAGGAGGACCUCGUCUUCAUCUUCUGGGCCCCAGAGAGCGCCCCACUGAAGAGCAAGAUGAUUUACGCCAGCUCUAAAGAUGCCAUCAAAAAAAAGUUCACAGGUAUCAAACACGAGUGGCAGGUGAACGGGCUGGAUGACAUCCAGGACCGCAGGACGCUGGCCGAGAAGCUGGGUGGGAAUGUGGUGGUGUCUCUAGAGGGCAAACCGCUGUGAUGUCAUUGUGGCCGAGCGGAGCCAAGCCAACCGCCGUGCCAUCGGACCGAAGCCCCUGACCCCACCAAACACCGCCGCUUCACCCAGCAGCUUGCUCUGUCUGUUUCCAUGUCCUGAAGAAAUUAGCAUCUUUAGGCCUCUGUGUUCUCUUUUGUUUUUGUUCUUUUGCUUUUUCCCCAACAUGGAGAUCUCAUCUACAUCAUGAUAUACAAAUACCUCCCAGUUUGUUGCCACAUAACCCCUGUUCAUUUGGCAGAAACUAAAACACACACACUACCAGACUCCAGGAGUUUUGCCAAAAAGUCCAUAUGAAGGAAGCAGCCGUAUGUGUUGGAGGCGACCCCUGCAGCACACAGGUUUUUACAUAUGACUUUAUUUAUUAUUGUGUUGUUUCUUUUCCAGUAUGUUCAAGCCAGACACAUUGUUAGACUAUGCACUCAGAAGAGAAGAUCAUUACCCAGCACGUUUUGUUGAAACACUACACAUUGAGACAGAAAAUUCCUGAUGUCAAAUUCUGUGACGUAGUCACGGCACCGUUUGUUUACCUCAGCUUUAUUCCUGUUGGAUUCACUGUCAUUCUAGCUGUUUGGUCGCCGCCUUACUUUCAGUUUGAAUGUAACCGUCACACCCGAGUUAGAGUGCACUUUUAUUUUGUAAAGAAACACUACCGGAAGAAGAUUUGACCCCAGCAGUGAGGGACACCCCCGCAACGAACAAGAACAUGACGACAUCUGGAGCCUUAAAGUGGAUCGUUGUUUCUGAGAUCACAGGAAGCCACUUUGAAAUAAAAGCCUGUGGCAGAUCUGA